CCAUGGCAAUCGACGCCUUAUCCAUUGCCUACGUGACAUAAGUCCGGCAACAACGCGUGAAUAUCAUCCUCCAGUCACCUCCAGUGGAGUUGUUUUCGUUUCAUCUCUGUCUCUCUCUCACGUCAGUCCGGUUUUAAAUACGGUUCACGCGUUGAACAUUUGAUUGAACUUUUCAUUAUUAAACUGUAAUUUCUUCUGUGAGGUGUUAGUGUAGUGCAUAAAAAAUGAUGUCUUCAAAGAAUCUGAUGUUUAACCGGUCCAGCCGAGAGCUGCUAAAGAAUAUUAGAAGACACAUCAGUAAAACAUCCAGCGCUCCAAAUAGCGAUGCCAUAUCCAGACAAGAUCAUAAACUUGGGGUGAAAAAUCUGGACUUAAACGGCUCUGAACAAAAGUUUGCCAAUGAAAAAUGGUCUGUCCACAGCAAACAGAACAAUAUAAGAGCUCUAUCCACGAUUCAAACAAAAGCAAAACCGUCAGUAAACAACACCCCGAUGUUCUCGAAAGAGGAAAGCAGAGAGUUCAUGGCUAUAUUUCCAGAUAUAGUACGCGAUUUAACGGAUGCCGGAAGGCACACAGACAUUCCGGAAGUAACCAAAAGGUUCGCUAAAGUACUACAGUAUAACGUACCCACUGGAAAAAAGACCAGAGGUCUAUCCACUGUCAUCGCCUACAAGAUGUUGGAACGACCAGAAAACCUCACUCCUGAAAAUAUUAGGCUGGCCAAUAUUUUGGGAUGGUGUGUAGAAUUGCUUCAAGCAUAUUUCCUAGUCGCCGAUGACAUAAUGGACAAUUCACUGUAUCGCAGAGGCCAGCCCUGCUGGCAUCGAAACGAAGACGUCGGUCUAGUGGCCAUUAACGACGGAAUAUUAUUAGAAAACAGCAUUUAUUCAGUACUUAGAAGGUACUUCUCGAAUCAUAACUGCUACGUACCGAUCAUAGAACUUUUCCACGACGUAACUUUGAAAACUUCAAUGGGACAAUCCCUGGACUGUCUUUGUAUCCAAGACGGAAAGCCAAGAUUGGAUCAGUUCACCAUGAAUAGAUACAAUUCGAUAGUCAAAUAUAAAACUUCGUAUUAUAGCUUCCAGUUGCCCGUUGCUUUAGGAAUGUAUUUGGCGAAUAUGUUCGACGCGGAACAGCACAGGCAAGCAAAGACGAUAUUAUUAGAAAUCGGGGAGUUUUUCCAAAUUCAGGAUGACUUCCUAGAUGUAUUUGGAGACCCAGCAGUAACUGGUAAAAUUGGAACGGAUAUCCAAGAUGGAAAGUGCAGCUGGUUAGCCGUGGUAGCUUUACAAAGAGCAACAUCGGCUCAAAGGAAGAUUAUGGAAGACCAUUACGGACGUAACGAGGAAGAGUCUAUUAAGAUUAUUAAAAACUUAUACGAAGAAUUAAAUUUGCCAUCGACAUACGCAGUGUACGAAGAAGAAAGCUUUAAUAUUAUUCGAACGCACAUUCACCAAAUCUCGAAGGGAUUGCCGCAUGAUUUGUUCUUUAAAAUUGUAAAAAAGAUUUACAAAAGAGAUUGUUAGGAAUGUGUAAUUGGUAUAGAAAGUAUGGAGAUAGUUAUUGUCAGUUUCAAUCUGUUACGAAAAUAAUUAGUUACAUGUAUUUGUUGUAAGUCUUAAAUUGAACAUACUGAACGCACCUGAAGAAUCACCGUAAUUGGGGUAUUUUUGGGGAGUUAAUAAUGGGUGCACACCCAUUUAAUCGGUGUAAUAUGAUUUUACAUAUAUAUUUUUGCAUUGGCAUUAUUUAUGAAAUUGGUUUUUUCUAAUUAACCCUUACGCAAUAAAUUUAUUACCAUUUAUUUAUUACGUUAUUGCUGCAGUGAGGGUCAGUGGUUCUUAAUAUGCGUUCACUAUUGCUGCCAAAUCCAAAUACGAAAAUUGUUCAAAGUUUGCUUAAUUCUGUUUAUGAAGUAUUCUUAAGAUCACAAGGAAAAAGGUUUUCCUGUAGCUGGCUGUAUACCAUAUAUUACAAAAAAUCGGUGCCGCCCAAAAUCCCGACAGCCAAAAUCCCGACGGCCAAAACACCGACACGCCAGAAUCCCGACAAGCCAAAAUCCCGACAUGCAACAAUCUUCGCAUAAGUAAAAAUUCCGACUUUUGUUUAAUACUUUUAAUACAAAGUACUUUUGUUUAGUAACAAAAAAUAAAAAACAGAUGGUCAUAAACAAAAAACAAGAAAUAAAUGUAAUUAUAUGUUAAAAAGAAACUUAUCAAACCUGUCGAGAUUCUGGCGUGUCGGGAUUUUGGCCGUCGGGAUUUUGGGGUAGACCCCAAAAAAUAGGUAAAAUCCUCUGUAAAAGGUAUAUUUAUUAAAAUUCCCUAAAAAUGGCACAAAAGCAGAACUAGUUUUCGAUCUGAAACAUUGACUAUAAUUGUGCCAUCAGUGUACCAUCUGACCCUCAAUUGAAUUGUUCACAUGUUGAACGAUCGUUGGCAACUCAACGUUCAGUUGCCAAAGAUCGUUCAACAUGUGAACAACUCAAUUGAGGGUCAGAUAGUACCCUGGUCCUAAUUCAUGUGUUAUCUUAUAUCAUCGUGAUGUAAGACGAAAACUAGUUCUACUUUUGUGAUGUAGCCCUUUUUAGGGAAUUUUAAUAAAUAUACCUUUUAUAAACGAUUUUACUUAUGAUCUUUUUGUGAAAAAGAUCUUACUGUAUAUUUUAAAUAUGUAAUUUACUUAACUCAUUCGCUGCCUGUCAAGAAAAUGGAACUCGCCUAGGGCCGUUCUGUUAAAAGGCGCCUGACUGAUUGGCGCGUGAAUGGCACCUGACUGAAGUAACCAUAUCACGCGCUGGAGUGUGAUCGUCAGCGAAUGGGUUAAAUGACAAGUGGUUAUAGAUGUUUAUACAGUCUAAAUAAAUACAGUGAGUUAAAUAUUGGGUCGAGCUCUCCGUGGGUAAUAAUAAUUAUUGGUUCAAAAGGAUCCAAACUUGUCACGGGUUAGCUCUGCCGGACAAUAGAUUCAGUAAAACACAGGUUUAAUUUAAAUAAAAAUAUAUUUUUGUAAUCCAAUACAAUAAAAUAACAACAAAAUAGUAUUCAAUUCUCCGACUAUUGUCUCCCUUUUGGCACCCAUAUCGAGCCGCUGUUGAUGAAAUCGGGUCUCAAGAUAUCGUUGGUAAGUUCUCUGCAUAGUCGAAUGAUUCACAUUCAAUUGUCUUGCCACAUACCUUUGGCUUGCUCCAUUUUCCGGGAAUGUAACCAUCUGAACACACGUUCCAUAUUUUUUCAUCGUUAUUAAAAAAUAGACUUCACUGUCAGGAGGCCAGUGUACCACGAAGAUAUCUCAGAAACUCUUUAGAAGACUACAACAGUUCACACAGUUCUUAAAACCAUCAAUUCUGCGAAGCUUCGUUUAAUUCAUUUAAUUUAAUUAACACAAAACAAAUUAAAAGAAAAUAGAGAAAUAUAUAAAAAAUAUAGAAUUUCCUAAAUUUCGUGGGUGGCUCGUUUUCUUUGACGCGCAGUGUAUUUGACCGAGAACUAUUUUUUAAAUAGCUUGAACGGUGCUAAUUCAUUUGAAUUUUCUCAUUAUAAUUUUGUGCAUUUAUUAGUGGAGUAUAGACAAAUAAGAUUUUUUACUUGUCAUAAAAGCAGAAGGUAAAGUCUAACAAGAGAACUAAAAGACUCAUUAAUAUUCAGUUCAUCGGGAUGCUGUUGAAGGUGAAGUUAUAUGCAUAAGGGAUCAUGCCAUAAGACAGGUACAUCCCUUGUUUAUGGAAUUUCACUCCUUAAACAAUAGCACCCUGCUAAAAGCUGAACAUUAAUGAGUCUCUUAGUUCUCUUGUUUGACUAUAACAAUUUUCUUUGUUAUCGAAUAUUUGGAUCUGGCAUUUAUUAUCUUAAUAUCUAUCUUUUUCACAUUUUUACAAAUAACACAAAUUAUUUACGUAAUAACACAAGUUAUUACAUACACUUUUAUACCUAUAUAAUUUCUAUAAAUGCUUUUUAUAUUAAUAUUUAUAAACAUUUAAUUACAUCAGUGAUUCAUCAUUUCAUUACAUCAGUGAUUAUUUGUGUUUUGCGAAUAAACUUGAUUUAGCAUGUUAUAUAAGAAUUUUGUAUUAGAUAUUUGGUUUAUAUAGAAAAAGUCCAUGUUUCUCAGUGAUUUGCUAGAAUAUAUAAUGCAAUCCACAAUUGAAUACAAAUUUUCUCGAUAGACUGUUUCAUUUUUUAUGUUAAUAAAAAAUGUUUAAUGUUA